AUGGAUGAAAUGAAGGAAAAUAUGAAGAGGACCAACCCCGUAGAGGACUUGGUUCACAGGACUGACUCCCCAUUUGUGCCUCCCAUCAAUGCUCACCCUUUGCCACCGAAGUACAAGAUGCCUUCCUUAGAUUCGUACGAUGGGACGCGAGAUCCAUUUGACCACAUUGCCACCUUCAAAACUACUAUGCAUCUUCAAGGGGUUCCGGAUGAAAUAAUGUGCAGAGCUUUCCCUACUACCCUUAAAGGACCCGUACGAGUGUGGUUCAGCAAAAUACCUCCCAGCACGGUCACUUCCUUCGAAGAAUUAAGUAAGUUGUUUGUUAACAACUUCAUCGGAGGACAGAGGCACAAACGUUCCUCGUCCAGUUUGCUGACCAUAGAACAAGGGGAGAAUGAAAGUUUGCGGUCGUUCAUUACGCGGUUCAAUAGGGAAGCUUUAGCAGUGGACGAGAUGGAUGACAAGCUGCUCCUAGCGGCUUUCCACAAUGGGGUUCACUCUGAUUUGUUCAUCCACAAGCUAUAUGAGCAAGAGCCUCAGACCAUGGCCGAACUCGUCCACUCAGCCCAGAAUUUUAUGAAUGCGGAGAAUGCUAUCAUAGCCAAAAAGAGGAAGAGAAUUGAGAAAAUGGAUGCUAACCCCGCUCGUCACUCAGAACAGGGUCCUCGUCUCAAGAAAGGACGAACGGAAGACAAAAAGGAUCGUGACAGGAAGGCAGAAAAAAUGAAAGGAGAUCCGAAUAAGCGCAAUAGAAAUAAGUAUUGUCGCUUCCAUAGAGACCAUGGGCAUGAUACGGACGAAUGUUUUGAUCUAAAGCAGCAGAUUGAGAAUCUUAUAAGGCAGGGGAAGCUAAGAAGUUUCCUAGGACGAGACCAUAAGGACGACAAACUCAAGGGAAAAGCUGAAGAGUUGCCACGGCCACCUCUCGGAGAAAUCAGGGUUAUCGUCGGAGGGAGCUCAACAGUUCAGUCAUCCAGGUCCAGGAAAACAUACCUGAAGGUGGUGCAGAGCGUCCAACUCUCUGGACGACCACCUAGGGAUUUGAACGAACAGGCAAUCACAUUCACCGAAGAAGAAGCUGAAAGAAUCCACCAUCCUCAUGACGAUGCUAUUGUCAUAACCUUGCUCAUAGCUGACUACACAACCAGAAGGGUACUCGUUGAUAAUGGAAGUUCGGCAGAUAUCCUGUAUCUUCCAGCUUUUCAGCAGAUGAAGUUAGGACGAGACCGUCUUCGUCCGGUGAAUUCUCCGUUAGUAGGUUUUGGUGGGAUGAGGGUGCAGCCUGUGGGUACUGUUACAUUACCAGUGGUAGUAGGGGCAUAUCCACAACAAGUCACCAAGGACGUAAGUUUCCUGGUAGUAGACUGUUCGUCCUCUUAUAAUGCCAUAAUUGGAAGGCCAACUUUGAAUAGUUGGAGAGCAGUUAUGUCCACCUACCACCUAUCAGUCAAGUUCCCAACAGACUAUGGAGUAGGACAAGUGCAAGGAGAUCAACUGGCAGCGAGAGAGUGUUACUUGGCUAUGUUGGCCACGGACGAGCAAGUGCAGACAAUGACUAUUGAAGAGAAAAGGGUCGUGGUAGAACCUAUUGAAGUGCUAGAAGAUGUUCCCUUAGACGAAAGGAACCCUGAGAGAUGUACCAGGGUGGGGGCAGAUCUAGAAAGAGGAGUUAAAGAAAACCUUGUUCAGUUUUUGAGGAAGAACGUAGAUGUGUUCGCAUGGAGUCAUGAGGAUAUGCCUGGAAUAGAUCCUAAUGUCAUCACCCAUCGCCUGAAUGUAUGUCCAUCCUCGAAGCCAAUACGACAAAAGAAAAGGGUGUUUGCUCCUGAGAGAGAAAAUGCUAUUAAAGACGAGGUUCAAAAAUUGAUGGCAGCAAAGUUUAUCCGAGAGGUGUAUUAUCCGGAUUGCUAUCCAUUACCACGAAUCGAUCAGCUGGUGGACUCCACCGCGGGCCAUAAACUGCUUAGUUUUAUGGACGCUUUCUCAGGAUACAACCAGAUACGGAUGGACAAGGUUGACCAGGAGAAGACCUCAUUUGUUACUAGUCAGGGCUUGUUCUGUUAUGAAGUAAUGCCCUUCGGAUUGAAGAACGCGAGAGCAACGUAUCAGCGACUGGUCAAUCACAUGUUCCGUCCUCAGAUUGGGCGAAAUGUCGAAGUGUAUGUGGAUGACAUGUUAGUGAAAAGUCUGGAAGAGGGUAAGCAUUUAGACGACUUGCAAGAAACCUUCAACACACUCAGGCGAUACAGUAUGAAGUUGAACCCCAGUAAGUGUGCUUUCGGAGUGGCUUCGGGAAAAUUCCUUGGAUUCAUGGUCUCACACAGGGGGAUCGAGGCCAAUCCAGAAAAGAUCAAGGCAAUCCAAGAAAUGAAGCCUCCGCAGAAUAUUAAAGAAGUUCAAUCUCUCACCGGGCGAGUUGCCGCCCUCAACAGGUUUGUCUCUAAAGCUACUGACAAGUGUUUACCAUUUUUCAAGGUUCUAAAGAAAGCUUUCGAAUGGACGGACGAGUGUCAAAGAGCCUUCCAAGAUUUGAAGACGUAUCUUGUCAUGCCCCCGCUGCUAAGUCCGUCCGUGGUAGGAGAGGAACUGUUUUUGUACCUGGCGGUGACCCCGCAUGCUGUGAGCUUAGCGCUGAUAAGAGAGGAAGCAAAAGUGCAAAAGCCAGUGUAUUACACCAGUAGGGCACUGCGGGGGGCGGAAGGACGAUAUCCGCCAAUAGAAAAGCUGGCCUUCGCGCUCAUCACGGCUUCCAGGAAGUUAAGACACUACUUCCAAGCCCAUGUAAUCAAUGUUAUGACAGAUCACCCACUUAAGAAAGCUAUGAACAAGUUGGAAGCUGCAGGACGUCUGAUCCAAUGGGCGGUCGAACUUAGCGAGUUUGAUAUCCGAUACCAACCAAGACAUGCUAUUAAGGCUCAGAGCCUGGCAGACUUUAUUGCGGAGUUCACUCCAAGAUGCAACGAUGAAGUGCAGGAGGAUAAAAAUUGGGUGGUCCAUGUAGAUGGCUCGUCCACACAGCGUGCAGGAGGAAUAGGGGUGGUUUUGCAAUCCACUGAAGGAGACAAGUUGAAGCAUAGAGUCCGUCUGCAAUAUCGACCAACUAACAAUGAGGUGGAGUAUGAAGCUCUGCUUAAAAGGCUAGAAUUGGCUAAGUCUGUAGAAGCGGAGUCAGUCCUCGUCCUGGGAGACUCUUCGCUGAUAAUGGGCCAAAUAAACGGGACAUAUGAGGCGAAAGAAGAACGAAUGAAAAAGUACUUGGAGAGGGUAUUACAGCUUGUGGAAAAAUUCAGGAAAGCUAACUUCAUUCAAAUCCUGAGGGAAGAGAAUGCAGAAGCAGACACCUUAGCGAAGGAAGCCUCAGCAACUGGAACGACCGAAGAGUAUGAUGAAAUUCAGUAUGUCCCGAGUGUAGAUCUCCCGGAAGUACAGCAAAUAGGGAAUGAAGAAAAUUGGAUGGCCCCAAUCGUCUCGUAUCUGAAGGACGGGAGACUUCCGGAAGCAAGGGACGAAGCUAAAAAACUAAGGAUAAAAGCAGCAAGAUAUGUCCUCAUGGACGAAGUUCUCUAUAGGAGGGGCUUUUCUCAACCUUAUCUUAGGUGUCUGGCCCCAGAAGAGGCGAACUAUGUGCUGAGGGAAGUUCAUGAAGGAGCCUGUGGCAACCAUUCAGGAGCCAGGUCGCUUAUCCAAAAAGUCGUCCGUGCAGGGUACUAUUGGCCAACUGUUCAAGUGGAUGCAAAAGCUUAUGUCAAGGCAUGCGACAAGUGCCAACGAUUCAGUAAUGUCCCCAGACAACCAUCAGAAUACCUCACCCCAAUGAUGGCCCCGUGGCCCUUUGCUCAAUGGGGCCUAGAUAUCCUGGGUCCAUUUCCACUUGGAACUAGACAGAUGAAAUUCUUGGUGGUAGGGAUUGACUAUUUCACUAAGUGGGUGGAGGCAGAACCAUUGGCACACAUUACACAGCAGAAUGUAAAGAACUUCGUCUGGAAGAAUAUAGUGUGCAGGACGACAGUGAGGACCCCUACAGGGGAGACCCCUUUUAAACUAGCCUAUGGAAGUGAAGCAGUUAUACCUGCGGAAGUGCACAUGGCUAACCAUAGGGUGAUGUCAUAUGAGGAGAAGGAUAACGAGGAGCAACUCCGCUUGAACCUCGAUCUUAUAGACGAAGUAAGGACAGAAGCAGAGCACAGGGCAGCGAAGUACAAGAACCUCAUGGCUAGGCAAUAUGAUGCAAGGGUGAAACCAAGACGUUUCAAAAUAGGAGAUCUUGUCCUGAGGAAGGUCUCUUUAGCAACCAAGAACUCAGCUCAUGGGAAAUUGGGCCCCAAUUGGGAAGGACCCUAUAGAGUCAUCAACUUUAAAAGACAAGGAUCCUAUUACCUGGAGGCCCUGGACGGGAGAAAGCUAGAACAUCCUUGGAACGUGGAGCACCUGAGGAGGUACUACCAGUAG